AUGACCGCUACAUUCCAAAUUCCGCGAAGGCAACGAGCUCUCGUGGACAGCUGUUUCGAAGAGUCGCUCUACAACGUAGGAUUAGGCAUGCUGGAUAGACUCAGGGCUCCGGACGUACGACCAAGCCCUCAACAUGUUCGCCAGCUAUUGUUUUUGGCACUCUACCCUGUCGGUACCCGUAGGAAGGAGGAGUCACCAAGCACUACUAGUAAUAAACGACGAGGAGUACAAAGGACAACUUCGGAAAUGUCCUCCCCUACACAAGAGAUUGUGGGUAUGGCGCUGGACAUUCUUUACCACUUUCUUCAUACCAACGAGGCUCACGACUUGCUUUGUGCGAUCCCUUCAUACGACAAUCCAUUGGAGUACGAUGGAAAUAGCGUGGUCGGAAAUCCUUUGGCGUACCACGCCUCGACGAUUACGCAGGUGAAGAGCUGCUGGGAGUUAGUAUCUCCUGGCUUCAUCGGGACAGAAUCCUAUGAAAUCAAGGGACGAUGUAGACUGGUUGGCGAAGCUUCGUGGCCUGUUCUCGAAUGGAUGAUACAUGCAUUUGAAAAGGACGGCACCGCACACGGCGGUCCAUCGCCAAUGCUGGCUAGCCAGCUUCCGAAUCCAGGAUUCGGACCAAGACUCGUGAUGGACGGGCCUCUGGAUAUUAUUGCAUCCACGUUUGAGGAACCGUUGGAGGAACGUAAAGUGGCUAUGGGCACGAGCCUACUUCGAUCUUUGAUCUCUUUGACCCGAGCAUCCCCUCAAUUGUUGUCGUCGGACAGGCUCGUCGGUGGGACCGAGCGACGACUAGGAAGCAUGUCCGCAACAGGAUUUUUGACGUUGUUCGCAGGUUUGACGGACUUUGGGUUCAAACUGGCGAUUGCGUGUGCAUAUAUCGUGACGCAGUCUGGAGGGUCGACAGGACAUCGGCAGCACACGACCAAGGCGCGAAAACCACCAAAGCCUCGAGUAAAAGGUGAACCUAUCGAGGAUGGAGGACGGAGUGGACAAACUAGGGCGAGCGUAUACGCACCACCGACGGCCGACCGAAUGAUGGAGAUAUUGAGACUUCCUGCUCGCGUCGAGGAGGAUGACAACGAAGAAGGACAGGCAGACAGGGGCCCAAAUACUGUUGACCAAUCAUACAAGCACGGGUUGGCCAAGGUGCAGGCGCUGGGGGCGAUAGACGAGCUGGGGAUGAUCGGAGAAGAUGAGGGCUGGAUCAAGGCGGUGAAGAGCGGACGAUUGGAGGAAUCUAUCCGAGCAGGGUUUGCAGUCGGAGAUGGGUCGGAGAAGGAGUCGAUGGCGGCCGUGCAACAGACUGCCGCAACUUACACGCCUAUGACGAUUGUCUGGGAUGCACCGACCGUUGGGGGCGACGCGAGACACGAGGAAACGACGAUCUGGGCCGAGGACGUGACUGGCCCGCGACCAAACGAGCAUUAG